UGUAGGGUGUGUGUGCUCGUCAGUCUCUUCUUCCCUCGCCGCCAGCUUCACUCAACAUGAAGGCGCUGAGCCCGGUUCGCGGCUGCUACGAGGCGGUGUGCUGCCUGUCGGAACGCAGUCUGGCCAUCGCGCGGGGCCGCGGCAAGAGCCCGGCGGCCGAGGAGCCGCUGAGCCUUUUGGACGACAUGAACCACUGCUAUUCGCGCCUGCGGGAACUGGUGCCCGGAGUCCCGCGAGGCACUCAGCUUAGCCAGGUGGAAAUCCUGCAGCGCGUCAUCGACUACAUCCUCGACCUGCAGGUGGUCCUGGCCGAGCCGGCUCCGGGACCCCCGGACGGUCCACAUCUCCCUAUCCAGACAGCUGAGCUCUCCCCGGAGCUUGUGAUCUCCAACGACAAAAGAAGCUUCUGCCACUGACCCGGCCGACCUGGCACCUCUAGAACGCAGGUGCUGGCGCCCGUUCCGCCUGGGACCCUGCCUGACACGCCGGGACCCUUCUCCGGCCGGAAGCCCGAGGGCAUGGAUGGGCUCCAACCUCGCCUUGCCCACUUUACUUCCCUAAAAACCCUGCCACGAGGCUGGACCUGGCGCCCGAGAGCGAAGGACUGUGAACUUGGGUGGCCCCGAAGAGCUAGUGCUGCUCAGCAGCUGGGCAACGUCACCCUGCCCCCCCAACCCAACCCAAGUGUUAAAAGACUGUCUUUGCUGAGAAUGGAGGGGCUAGAAGGGGGGUGGGCGAGUGGCUGCCCUGCCAACUCUGCCAAGGCAGCAUUAGAGCUAGUUUUCUGGUCUCCUUGGAGAAAGGCUCUGCUGCCCUGUUUAUGAACUCUAUAAUAGAGUAUAUAGCUUUUGUACCUUUUUUUUGCAGGAAGGUGACUUUCUGUAAUCAUGCGAUGUAUAUUAAACUUUUUAUAAAAGUUAACAUUUUGCAUAAUAAACGAUUUUUAAACACUUUAA